AUGCCAAUUUUGCCUGUUUUUCCCAGUCCUAGUGAGAUUUCAAUGAUGCAAAUUAGAGACGUUUUUAACCAUCCAAUAGGUUCAAAGCACAAAGCAGAAGUAAAUAAACGUUCACUUUCUGUUGAAGAAGGGGAUCAUUUGACUUUGUUAAAUAUUUUUGAUUUAUUUAUUGAGAAUGGACGUUCCCAAAAUUGGUGUCAACAAAAUUUUUUAAAUUACAAGGCUUUGUGUAGAGCUGAAUUUAUUAGACAACAAUUUAUUGGAUUUUUAAAGAAUGCUAAUUUAAAAAUAAAUUCUUGUAAAGGGACGAUAGGAGAAACAGCAAAAAUCCGUCGAGCACUUUUGAGUGGAUUCUUCUCACAGGUUGCUUAUUACGAUCAUAGAGGUUUAUAUGUAACACUAAAGGGUGAACAUGCAUUUAAAAUAUAUAAAGGAUCUGUGUUGAUGUAUAGAAAAGAAUAUCCAAAAUGGGUUCUCUUUACUGAUGUAAUGCAAAGUUCAAUAAAAGAUUUGAGUGAAAUUGAUCCAAAAUGGCUUGAACAAAUAGCCCCACAUUAUUAUGAAUUUGGAUCGGAUUUGCAAGGAACAAAAAGAAGAAAAAUUGACGAUAAUAAUUUUGCAGAAGGAAGAAUGGCUAAUUUAAAUUGA